ACACUUAUUGCUCGUUAUUCGAGCUACCACUUCUUGCUUAUGUCUCAAUUGUUCUCAUCACUACAACACUCUAACCAGAACUGUGUUUGCUGCACAAUCCGGCAGCCCUUAUAUAGUAAAUCUGUAACAAAACAUUGCUUCUAGAACAUUCUGGCCACUACGAAUUCGCUAACUACUUUACUACUAAAACAUUCUGGCAACUACGAAUUCGCUGUCUAGUUGCUUCUGGCAAUUUAUCGUCGAUUCGAUUUUGUUCUAUCAUCCGUGUUCGUCACAAUAUUAUUACCAAAGCCGACUGAUUGGCGCUAUCACACGUUCAAUAUUUAAUGUGAUAUUAGGAUAGUGAUCAUAAUUGAUGAUUGAUGGAUCACGAGUAAAUGCUACACGUUCAAUAAAUAUCUCGUCAGUAUUUAUUGGAAAUAAAUCCAGUUUUUAAAACCAGUGUGUUAAAUAUAUUUUUGCUAAGUAUUUGUUUAAUUUUGUCCGGGUUUUCGAUGAAAUGUCGAAAGAAAACUGAAGAAAAGUUUUUAAGGUUUUGAAGAAAAACAAUCACAGACAGCGCUCGUUAAAAAAAAAAUGUUGCAACUAUUGUAAAGAAUUCCCCGGAUCUUAAAAAAUACUAAAAAAAAUUUGUAUGUGUAAAUAUAAAAUAAAUAAAAAUUUUUAGAAAAUUAGCAUUCCUUUUUAUUAUUUUUAAUAAUUUGUUCCGUCGUAUCGUGAAUUUACAUACAAAAUGUCGUUGAUGUCGCGAUCAAUCUUUAAUGUUUAACGCGCAAUCCACGAUCCGCGAUCCGCAUUUCAAAAUAUUUUAUGAUAUGGCGAUCCUGGAUCGCGUUUAAAUAUAAUGAAGUCGUCUUCAAUUGCAUCCCUACAAGCGGAUAUCUACUAGCAAACGUGUUAGCGACUUGUUAUUGUCCACAGAGAGUGGGAAAAAAGUAACACAUCGCCAUUUGAUAUUCAAUAGUUCUCUCGCUCUAUCCAAUCGUUAUUAUGUCAUUUAGUUUCGUUCUAAGUUACCUUUUAUAUGCGUUUGUUAUUUUUUGGGUAACAGAAUGACAUACAUUGGUUAUCAAAUCUGUUUACAGUCUGUUGAAGAAACUGGCACACCCUACUACACAUCACACCUGAGAACACCACCACACUCAGUCACUACACGACGACACGUCAUACCGCCAAGCAACAAAACGGAUGGUUCCCACAUCAGAGGAUCAACUUUCGUUUGUACACAGUGCCGCGUCAAUACUACAUUCAAUAUAGCGCGCUUCCUGCAUUCGCUUGCACAAUUCGACAGCUAAUUUGAUUCACAACGCUCCACCCGUCGACAUAAUUAUUGUCUACCUUUUAUUUUAACGAAAUUAUAACGAAUUAUUAUAAAACACUGUUCUUAUAUGACGGAAUAAAUCAAAACUUAUUACUUGUAUA